AUGCGUUUAAAAAUAUAUUCAAACACUCUAUCUAUACAGAGAGGUAAUUUUAGUACACUUAAAAAAAUUUUCAAUAGUUCAUUUAAUAUUUAUACAAAUAAAUCUAGUGUAUCAUCUAAAGAAUUUUUCAAUGAUAUUUAUUUGAUGAAUAAAAAAUUAUUAUAUUAUAUAAAUGAUUAUUUUAAAUUAAAUGAAGAAUCUAAUUAUAAGGCAAAAAGAAUAGGUAGCUUGUUCCCUCCUUGCUAUUCACAACUUGUUUUUAAAUUUUGCAUUUUAAUGAAUAACUUUGAUUAUAUAACAAUUCCUACUCCAAUAAAAAAAUCAAAACAAAUAAAAGAAAAAUAUGCAUUCUACUUAUCAGAAAAUAAUACUAACUUAAUAUUAUGCCAUCCUUUUUAUAAACAUUAUAUUGAAGAAAUAUCUUUUAAUUUACAAAUUCCAUUUUUGAUUUGUUAUGAUAAACCUGAUAUUCUAUCUCAUGAAGAAUAUUUAGAAGACUUAAAUGAAGGGAGGGAAAAUUUCUCUAAGAAAUUUUUAUAUGAUUCUAAAAAAUAUGAAAAAUAUAAAAGUCAAGAAAAAGAAUUAUUAAAUGAAAUGAAGAGAAUAUACCUUAUUGAUAACAAAUCACAAAAUGAUGAGUACACAGAUGAGAAAUUUUUUAUUGAAAAAUGGGAAAGAUUAACAGAUAAACAUAAUGUUUCUAUUCAUUUACAAUUAUCAAAAGAAAAUGAAUGUGAUAAAAGCAUAAAAUUUUUGUUAUCAAAUAUAUUUAAUCAAUCAAAGAACUUUAAUAAAACAAUAAAAUUUAAUGAAAAAGACACUGUUUUAAUAUGUAUGCCAGCAAAUAAUAUACAAUAUUUUGACAUUUUAUUUAGUGUGAUAUAUGCAGGUGGUACUAUUGUGUUUCCAGAAGUGAGUAAAAAUAAAUUAUUAAAUAAUAGCGAUUUUAUGAAAUGGUUUAAAAAUAAUAUGAAAAAAAAAAAUAAUAACUUCUCAGUUCAUAAUUUAAUUAUAAAAAAUGAUUUUAUAAAUAGCGAUUUUUAUUUCAUUGAUGCUUUAAGUUUAUUUGAAGAAAUACAACAAUCAGAAAAGCUUAUAAGUAUAUUAGUAUGUAAUAAUUACCUAAUUCGUGAUUUUGUUAAUUUUUUUGAGAACUCCGAUAUUAAUAAUGUAACAAAAAAAGAAUUUAUUAACAACAAAGCAAGUAAUAUACGCAUUAUAUUAAUAAAUGGUAAUGAAAUAAUGCCAGGUAUUAAUAAAAAAUAUUUAGAAAAAAUAGGGAAAAUAUUCGUAAAUGCAAAAAUAUAUCAGAGGUAUGUAAUACAAGAAAUAGGUACUAUAUGCUUAAUGGAAAUAGGCCAGUUAGAAGAUGAAAAUAUAAAAUAUGAAAGGAAUAUAGCUGGUUAUUUACUACCAGAUAUAAGUAUAAAAAUUGAUUCUGAAACAAAUAUAUUGAAAAUUAAAUCAGAUAAUUUAUUUACUGAAUAUUAUAAUAAUAACAAUAUAACAUCAAAUUCCCUUGAUGAAAAUGGAUUUUUUAAAACAAAAUAUAUAGCCUCUCUAAAAGAUGAUUCACUAUUAAGAAUUGAAGGAGUUCAUAAUGAAAUUGAAAAUAUACCGGAAGAGUAUUAUUUAUAUUUUAAACAAAGAAGAGAUAAGAUGGAGAAAUUACCACCUGGUUAUUUGAAAAGGGUUCGUUUACAUGGAGAAAUAUGGGGUAAUUUUCAUGCAAACAAAAAAAAUUGGAAGAGAAAAUUUUGA